AUGUCUCAGGUGAUGAGCGGGUGCCUGGGUCCUGGUGAGUACCACAGGUACCUGACACAGGUAUCUGCAGCCCGCCGUAGAUGCGACGCUCAGCCUGCUGCCUCUCUGCUGAGUGGCAGACGCUCCUCCUUCUCCUCAUACUCCUUCUACGACCCCUACUCUACUGAGCAGAACACCGUGGCGACUGACACCAGUGGUGACCGAAUCUUCAACUACAACCCGAACUCCAUCCGCGACGACUUCGGUCAAGGUCGUAGUCACCACUCCUCUAGGAUGCCGCUCUCCAUCUCCUUCGAGGACCCACGACAACAGCGAGACGACUUAGGCGACGGCGACGAUAAACGACUCCCAGCCUAUGACCAGGUUACUUAUUCCAGACAACCGCGAGAGUCCAGUGCCCAAGUCUAUCCCCGACCCUCUAGAGUGCCCAACACCCAGAUCAACCUGGGCACCCAGUCAGGAAGGCCUAUCAUCUUUCCUGAUACAUCUUACCGCCCCCCCAUCUACCAGAGUCCACCUCAGCAGGUGUUUCCUGGUGGUGAUGUUGGUGGUGGUGGUGUUGGUGGGUCCUGGGAGCGAGUGUGGGACUCCCACCUGCUGGGUCAUUCCUUCAGUGUGGUCAACGCUGCCCUCAGCAACCUCACCUGUGUGGCCGCCUCAGUCAACGCCAUCGACGGUGAUUUGAACAUUAAGUUCGACUCGUUCUUCAACUACUACAACACCAGACCUGUGGAUCAGCUGCUCAGGGCCGACCUGGCCGACGGUGUCAACUUCUGUAGAGCUUUCACGGAGUGUCUUCCAGUGGAGAAACUCAAGACUCCACUCCCCUGGAAACUGCAAAGAUUCCUGGCCUUCCUCAAGUGCGAGAGGAAGUUACGCUUGGCCUCGUGUUUCAAGCACGACCUCAGGAGCAACCUCGCCUACUUCGACCUCUCGGCCCUUCCUGAUGAAGGAGGCAGGAGCUCUGGUAUCGACGUUCUUAUGACCGUUCUUGUAGGAGCGGAUUCCGUCGAUGACUUACAGAUGUUCUAGUCUCCUUCCAGCGUUUACUCCCUCCCUCCCUCUCUCUC